AAAUGUAGUCUUUAACGUCGCUGUCUCCACUCUGUGUGGCGCGCUCAGUACUACAACUCCCACAGACCCUUGCUGGCUGUAAGCUCGUGUCUUGGUAAUAUGGCGUCUUCUUGAACCGUAGAUGAAUCGCAGGGAUUGUUGUUGACAAGUGAAUUAAGAUGGCAGCUGACCCCACAGACAAGAAGGAUGCUGAAUCCUCGGGGACCAAAGACCGCGAGAGGAAACGCAGCCGGUCACGAGAGCGGGAUCGUAAACCCUCACCUUCACGCAAACCCUCACCUUCACGCAAACGCCAUCGUUCCCGUGAACGAAAUCGCUCUAAGUCUCCAGAAAGAGACAGACGCAUGAAAGACAAGGACAGAGACAAGGAACGUGACAGAGACAAGGACAGAGAGAGGAGCCGCAAAGACAGAGAUGGCCAUCGACGUGAUAAAGAUCGCAGCAAGAGGUCCAGGAGUCUCUCACCCAAGUUGAAGGACAGCAAAUUAAAGAGAGAGAAGGAUAUAAAAGCAGAAGAGGAGGAAGACAAGAAGAAAGAGAAGGUCCAACCUUUGUCUUUGGAAGAGCUUCUUGCCAAGAAGAAAGCAGAAGAGGAAGCAGAGGCGAAGCCAAAGUUCCUCUCCAAGGAGGAGCGAGAGGCCGAGGCUCUGAAGCGGAGGGAGCAGCAGACGGAGGAAAGGAGGAGGCUGUUAGAAGAUGAGAGGAAGAAGAGGAGGAUGUUCCAGGACAUGGGGAGGAAAAUGAUGGAGGAUCCUCAGGAACGAGAGAGACGAGAGCGAAGGGAGAGGAUGGAGCGAGAGAACAACGGGAAUGAAGACGAUGAUGGACGACAAAAGCUCAGAGAGGAAAAAGAUAAAAGCAAAGAACUCCACGCCAUCAAGGAGCGUUACCUGGGUGGGCUGAAGAAACGCCGGAGAACUCGUCACCUGAACGACAGGAAGUUUGUGUUCGAGUGGGACGCUUCUGAGGACACUUCAGUCGACUACAACCCAAUUUACAAAGAAAAGCAUCAGGUGCAGCUGUACGGACGAGGCUUCAUCGCCGGCAUCGACUUGAAGCAGCAGAAAAGAGAGCAGUCGCGUUUCUAUGGUGACCUGAUGGAGAAGAGGCGAACACUGGAAGAGAAGGAGCAGGAAGAGACAAGACUGAAGAAGAUGCGUAAGAAGGAAGCCAAGCAGCGCUGGGACGACCGACACUGGUCUCAGAAGAAGCUGGACGAGAUGACGGACAGAGACUGGCGUAUCUUCAGAGAAGACUACAGCAUCACCACCAAGGGAGGAAAGAUCCCGAACCCCAUCAGGAACUGGAAGGAGUAUUCACUGCCCGCACACAUCCUGGAGGUCAUCGACAAAUGUGGCUACAAGGAUCCGACACCUAUUCAGAGGCAGGCCAUUCCUAUUGGUCUACAGAACCGUGACAUCAUUGGUGUGGCUGAGACAGGUAGCGGUAAAACGGCUGCUUUCCUGAUUCCACUGCUGGUCUGGAUUACCACCCUGCCAAAGAUCGACAGGAUCGAAGACUCAGAUCAGGGUCCUUACGCUGUGAUCUUGGCCCCAACUCGUGAGUUGGCGCAGCAGAUUGAAGAGGAGACUAUAAAGUUUGGUAAACCGCUCGGCAUCCGCACAGUAGCUGUGAUCGGAGGAAUCUCCAGAGAGGACCAGGGCUUCCGCCUCCGGAUGGGCUGCGAGAUUGUGAUCGCCACCCCCGGUCGUCUGAUUGACGUCCUGGAGAACCGUUACCUGGUCUUGGGCCGCUGCACCUACGUGGUCCUCGACGAGGCCGAUCGUAUGAUUGACAUGGGCUUCGAGCCUGACGUCCAGAAGAUUCUGGAGUACAUCCCAGUGACCAACCAGAAACCAGACACAGAGGAGGCGGAGGACCCAGAGAAGAUGAUGAUGAACUUUGAAUCUGGAAAACAUAAAUACAGACAAACGGUCAUGUUCACGGCUACGAUGCCUCCAGCUGUGGAGCGACUGGCCAGGAGCUACCUGAGACGCCCGGCUGUGGUGUACAUUGGCUCUGCUGGCAAACCUCACGAGAGAGUCGAACAGAAGGUCUUGCUCAUGUCCGAGGGAGAGAAGAGGAAGAAGCUGCUCGAAGUGUUGUCGCAUGGCUUCGAGCCUCCCAUCAUCAUCUUUGUCAACCAGAAGAAGGGUUGUGACGUGCUGGCCAAGUCCCUGGAGAAGAUGGGGUACAAUGCUUGCACACUGCACGGUGGCAAAGGUCAGGAACAGAGAGAGUUCGCGCUCUCCAACCUCAAAGCAGGAGCCAAAGAUAUUCUGGUGGCCACAGACGUUGCUGGUCGAGGUAUUGAUAUCCAGGACGUCUCCAUGGUCCUUAACUAUGACAUGGCGAAGAACAUUGAAGACUACAUCCAUCGUAUCGGUCGUACGGGUCGUGCCGGUAAGAGUGGUGUGGCCAUGACGUUCCUCACUAAGGAGGACUCUGCUGUGUUCUACGAUCUGAAGCAGGCCAUCCUUGAGAGCCCGGUGUCCACCUGCCCUCCAGAGCUGGCCAACCACCCGGACGCUCAGCACAAACCUGGAACCAUCCUGACCAAGAAGAGACGCGAGGAGACCAUCUUUGCCUGAUUUCCCCCCCGACACAAAUCGGACUUUAUUCACUGAACACUUUUAUCAUGUUUCACUUCACAUGAUGAGCAUUUCACUGUCUGGCCUCCAGGUGAUUUAGACCCUUUUAUUUAAUCUGUUGGCAGAAAAGAACCCGUUAAUAACCAGUUUCCUCGUUUUGGGAUUGUACGGCUCAGUUCCAAGACGUGUAAAUGUGAACUUGUGUAAAUGUGAACUUGUGUAAAUGUGGUAGGUGUUUGCUUUGCUUCUAUAAGAGCAGGACCCCGAUGAUGUUAAUUGAUCUACGCUGUAUAAACGUGACUCUUCAGUUAUCAAAUGUGAUAAAUACCAGUCAGGAUGUGAGUGUAGAUGAGUAAUAAGACCUGUGUUGUGCUUCUUUUUUUUUUUUUUUUAAAUCAAUUGAGUGCCAGAAGUGUUGAGUUUGUCUGCUUCAGAUGCAUCCUCUGUCUAAAUUCAUUGUUUUAAAUAUAAACAUUUGUAUGAAGCAAA